AGAGAGGGAGGGGGGCGGAGCGGGUGAAGGGGCCUGGCGUCAAGGUCCCGGUGGCGGCGGAGGCGGCGGUCGCGCUCGCUCGCUCGCUCGGUGAUGAAGGACAAAAAUGAGUUAUGCAGAAAAACCCGAUGAAAUUACAAAAGAUGAGUGGAUGGAAAAACUCAAUAAUUUACACAUCCAGAGAGCUGACAUGAAUCGCUUAAUUAUGAACUAUCUUGUUACAGAAGGUUUUAAAGAGGCUGCUGAGAAGUUUCGAAUGGAAUCUGGAAUCGAACCUAGUGUUGAUCUAGAGACCCUGGAUGAAAGGAUAAAAAUUCGGGAGAUGAUCCUCAAAGGUCAGAUUCAGGAAGCCAUUGCACUGAUCAACAGCCUUCAUCCAGAACUAUUAGACACAAACCGGUACCUUUACUUCCACUUGCAGCAGCAACAUUUAAUUGAACUGAUUCGGCAGCGGGAAACUGAAGCUGCUUUGGAGUUUGCUCAGACCCAGUUAGCGGAACAAGGAGAAGAGAGCCGGGAAUGUCUGACGGAGAUGGAGCGCACGCUUGCUCUCCUGGCUUUCGAUAACCCAGAGGAAUCCCCUUUUGGAGACUUGCUCAACAUGAUGCAGAGACAGAAAGUGUGGAGUGAAGUUAACCAAGCUGUGUUAGACUAUGAAAAUCGCGAGUCAACCCCGAAACUGGCGAAAUUACUGAAGCUACUACUGUGGGCUCAAAAUGAGCUGGACCAGAAGAAAGUAAAAUAUCCCAAAAUGACAGAUCUCAGCAAGGGGACAAUUGAGGAACCCAAGUAAAAUGUGCAGAUGGACACUAAAUCUCACAACUGCACAGUUAUAUACAUUUUUAAUCAGUCUGUGACUGAAAUAUUUUUACUACAGUUCAGGACUUUGCAAUUUGGUUGUGUGUUUUGUUUUGUUUCUUUCCUUGGCAAGCAUACUUAGAGGGAAAGGGUCUCUUUUUAAAUGCAGCAAAUUGGCAUUGGAAACGCAUUACAUCACUUUGACCGUCUGACUUAGGCUAUGCACUGUCAUAUUUUUUUUAGCCAAAUACAGGGCUCUUUUUUAAAUACCGUACGGAAGGUUUGCAGUGUCUGGCCACUGAAACAGAUUUUGGUGGCCAGUGAAUUAAUGUUAAAGCUCUUGGCAAUUCUCCAGUUAAACUUCAUCUGUUUUUCACUUGAACAUUGACUUAUUUUCUGUGUUAAUUUAUAGCCAAAUAUGCAUUCCCUAUUUAUAAGCUAGCCAUUGGUUAAAGUGAUCAUUUUGUAAACCUCCUGGCAGUGUUGUUUUCUGCAUAGACUUAGUAUAGAAGGCUUGUAAGCUGUAAUUGAAGAUAACUGCCCUUGCUUUUCACACCUUGGUGACUUAUUUAUAUGGGGCUGAAUGUUAUAUUGAUGAUGGGCCUAGUUCUCUCAGAAGCGUUGCUAAAAUGAAAGCAUUUUCUUUUGUAGUUUCCAAGAAUGACCAAAAUAGCCUCUGAAGAAAAACAUUAAAUCACAUUAUAGUUAGGCGUUCUUUCCCCAGAGUUUCGUUUUUGUUCCAUUUCUUAAUACCAGUUGCAGUCAUUAUACUGCAUGGGGUGAUAGUUACAGCCUUAAAGCCAGUAAUAUAUUUAUGGAUGGUAUGAAAGAUGGAAAUAAUGUUAGCCAUUCCCAGUAAGAAGAAAUAGCUUAAUGUAGACCCACUGGAAUAGUAUGUUCGGGGGCUAUAAUUUUUAAAUGAUGGAAUUAUUUUAACAGUUUCUUAUCUUGGGUAAAUAGCACUCUGAUUUUACAAAUCUCCUCCCUAGAGCUCCCAUCUUUAUGGUGGGGGUUAUGGUUAUCAUGAUUAGGAUUUAUUUCUGCCCCUGUACUUAAAGGCCCUGUAAUUCCAUGAGUUAUUUCUUAUUCAGUUGCUGCAUUGCAGUCUUCUGUUUGGAUGGUUAAUAACAUGCAAGACUGUUUUAAAAGCAUUGUUCCCCUAUUAGACUGGUAGGUAUAAGUGCUAAUCUGGCCAGUUUCGAGAUUAUCAUCCUGCAACGAAUUCGAUUAAGUUGUCUCCAAGGCUACAGUAGCCAUGCUAUUGUUAAUGUUAUUGCCACCUAGCAGCAAUCCCCCUCUCUGUGCUCAUUUUACACAGGAGUACCUUUCUUCUGAAUGGGAACGUACAUAGAGUAGCAAUCUAGGAGCAGCCUCCUAAUGCUUGGUGGGUAAAUGAGCAAUCUGUAGAAUGCAAACAUUUGGCUUUCAGCGAGGUUGUUGCUGUUGCUUGGUGUGAUGAAUCUUUGCAUAGGCCACCAGAAACUUCUCAAUAUUCCACAUAGGAACAAUUGAGACUGACACAGGGAGGUUUCCUGAUGAGGAUGGAGAAUAUGUACUUGUAUGCAGCUGGAUUCUGGAUGAAGCCAAUGGGUAGACUAGAGUUACAGUAGUUCCAAGAUAAGAUGGCACUUGUGUUUUGCACUGAUGCUUGUACAGCUUCUCAUCGGAGAGAAAGCUCUGACGGAACAUUCUUAAAAUUUUUGGAGAUCUCUCAACAUGGGAUUGAUUGUCACUGCUUUUAGUGUCCUGGAUUAUUCUAUAUUCUUGAGAAAUGUUUCCUAACAACUCAACGUGGCCUGAUAAGUUAUUUUAGCUGACUGAGCACAGCUACACUGGAAGUCAAAAGAUCUAGGCCUUCUUCAGAUACAACCAAUUUAUCUUCCCUUCCCUAGCGGUGUAGAAAGUUUAAAGCAUCAGCUUUCAGUGUGAUACUGACCAACGGCUGGCUUCUGCACUAGAAAUCCUGUGUGGCAGCCAUGUUUAAGAGGUCUCCUUUAUGUUUAGAGCAUUAUGUUUAAGCCAUGGUUGCAUAAUAACUGGAAUUUACACUAUUUUUUUUAAGAGCCAAAUAUGCGAUAUAACUAUGACAGUUUAGAUAUACUUAAUUUGGUUUUUGUUAAAACAUCUCACACUGAAGCAGCUUUAAUCUGUAAAGGUUUUUUGGGGGUAAGUUUAGAGAAAAAUAUUUAAAAUGGUAUGAAAGAAAGCUAUGCAUUUUACAGAGCGCGCAAGGGUGUAGUUCCUGUGGUACUUUUAGGGAAUCUUUAUAUUCACAUGUAUAUAAAAUAGUUUGCAUAUACAAAUUAUAAUAUAAUCAGUUUGAAUUAUUCUCAGAUGGGGAGGGUGUAAAAUAUAACUUAUGAAAAUAUUCACAGAAGACACAGCCCUCACGACAUAAAUGAAUUUUUUGUCAUACACAUGAGAAAUGUCUUACUUAGUGGCUGUGAAAAAUGGUUGCAAUUUAUCUCCAUAAUGUUAGAUCGCCACUCUUAACUGCUUAGCAUUAAAUACAACUUUGAUCAA